GUAUGGGUUUAUGUGUUAAAAGCACUCCCUUAUUUUACCUGUGACUGUCAUGUGUUUUAUCUCACUUAAUCAAAACCAAGAUGGUUAAAGUUCAAGACCAUAUUGUCUACUUUUCAUUGAUAUUAACCUAUGUUCUGACCAUGAGGACAUCUACAGCCAUUACUACAUGUACAUUGUAUGGAAACGAAAGAAGAACCAACGUUGAAAAGGCAAUCAAAAAGGUAAAUAAAAACUGCAAAUCUGACGGGACAUGCACGGAAGUCCAUGCACUUGCUUCUUUGACAUGUAUCAAAGGAAACAAAUGUACAUACGUUGAAAGCGUUGGAAAAACCAAAGUUCAUUUGACACUAGGUGUGAUCAGAUCUGCAAGGAUCUACAAAAAGAUCCAUAACCUCGAAUGUGAAGAUGGCGACGAGGAUCCUACAUGCCAUUACAAGGCGAAGCUUCGAUUUGAUGUUAACGAAACAUCUUUCGACAUAGACACUUUCUACAGUGAUUUUCAAGAAUACGUCACCAACUAUGAUUGUUCUUGUUAUUCAUGCGAGUGUAAGGACAAUGCAUAUGGUUGUACCGAAUGUAGCGAGGAUAAAUGCUUCAAGUAUUUCUGCAAUUGUAUGUACUCCUCAACAUCAACACUUGUCGCUGCUACGACAACGGCAAACACCGUUCCCAACAUGACGACGGAUUUCCCUCGGAGCUUUGAAUAUAUCAACACCACACCAUCUCGUUUAAGUUCCGCCAAAAUAGACUUCUCAAAGACUCAACCGGUGACUUCAACGACAGGACAUAGCACCGACUAUACCACAUCAAGGAUUCCAUUGAAUAACAUGAAUCCGACAACUACAAUAGCAGUGUCGUUAAGUUUAGCAAAAACAGCCAGUCAAUCCAAUGGAGAUCAUAUACCUACACUAGCGGCCGUCGGGGGAGUGAUUGCUCUCGUGAUAACGUUAGUCAGCGUUGCCGUUUUUGUAUGUCUUCGAAAGAAGAGAAGGGGUAAGAAACCCUCCGACAACACUGAAUCCUGCAUCACAAACCCGUCAUAUGAAGAUUUACAGGAUAACCAGAGAGAUACUGUUCGUGACAAUGUAGAAUAUGAAGAAACCGAAAAUGACGUACAUACUUAUGAUAUGGCCGACGAUCCAAAGCGUGAAACAACUGGUGAAAAAGACUAUAGUUAUGCUAAAUUUGCUGAACAACCUAAAUUUCAGGAUUUAACGCCAAUACUUACAAAGGACAGGUCUUUAGAAUGCACAAAAGACAGUCAAUGUUAUGAACCGAUUUCUGAGGUCAAAGGAGACGGUGGAAACGCGUAUUUCUUCGCCGAAAGAGAUGUUACCUCUCCAAACGGUGACUAUGAUCGGGCCAAAGAAGUGAAAAAUGUUCUGCUGGCGGUGAAUUCAAAUUCAACGUCUGUGGAAGAAAAUUAUUUUGUAAUUGAAAAAACAGGAUGCAACCCUGUUUCUACACGAAACGAAGGAAACGACAAUUAUUUCGUACUUGAUAAUGACGCAAAUGAACGAGUUGAAGCAACGGUACAACAACAACAACAACAACAACAACAACACUAUUUGGAGGACGAUGACCCAGAGCAAGAAGAAAACGGAUAUGGUGGUAAAAGAAAAAACGUACAAAAACAAAGAAAGACGGUUGGAGAGAUCGAUCCAUACGAUCAUGUGAGAGUGGGUCAUGUCCAGACCAAUGGAAUUGACGACGGUGUUUAUGACGAGUUGAGGAAGCAGAAUGUUCGUUACGAAUCCGAGAAAGUGGAAAAUGACUAUGAUCAUUGCUGAGCAAAUGGACAUUUUUCAUUUCACAUGGAAACUGAUUAAAAAGAUGGUACAGAAAGACAAUGGUUUUACAGAAUUCGAUGUACUGUAAUCGUUAUUAUGCCUAUGUGUAUAUACACAUUGGAUACUUUAAAGAACAUAGCAAUGCUUCAUUUGGGUCAUGAUAACAUUGCUGUGUUUUCAUACAACAAGAAAUUGCAUUCAUAGGGCUUCGAGCACACCUGAACUAGUAUCAUGUUGAAGCCUCUCUUUCUGCCAUGUCCAAAGUUUGACCGUCAUAGGAAGAAAACAUUUAGAUGGCGUUAGGGUCCAGGACUGGUGUUUGUAUACAAAGUAUACAAGUAUACAAAUACAAGUAUUUCAAAGA